GCCGCGCCGGGCGCUAUGGCGCCUCCUGCGCGAAGCCCUCCAGGCUCCCGUGCUGGGGCCAGACCCUUGGCCCCUGACUGGGACGUCUGCACCCCCUUCCUCCAGGCUGGGGGUGCGGAGAUCUGUCCAGUUUGUUCGCCUGCCCGUCCUAGCACUGAGCCGAGAGGCACACAGAAGGGGUCUAAUGAGUGUGCAAACCCACACGGUACGGCGGGGCACCCAACAGUAACAGCAGAGGCAGCUCCAUUCCGGACGCGCGUUCCCCCUUCUCCUCAGGCUGGGCGCUUUCCUGCACCCCUGGUUCCAUCUGCACCCCGAAUAAAUGCAGGGGUGCUGGUCUACAUUUCCCAGAUGAGGAAAUGAAAGCCAGAAAAAAUGGCCACCAUAUAUGGAAAGAGCUGAGAGAGUUCCCCCCACCUCCCUAACCACCGAACUGCCCUGCCUGCCCUCAUGGGUGGGGCCCCGGCAAUCUCCGGGGACCAACAGGGGCCUUGGCAACAGAAGCCACCGUGUCGCAGCAACAGGCCACUAGGUGAGGCGGCACUGGGCUGGGGCAGGCCAAGAGUUCCUUUCCCCUAUGGAGCGUGUGGCGGCCACAGGCCCCAGGCCAGGGGCCCCCCCUCGGGCCAUUGAGAAUGUUCUGCCACAGGCAGAGGACUGGCUGCCAGGAGUCCCAGGGGGUGCCCCAGCCUGGGCCACCAGCCUUGAAACAGAGCUUCCCUCAGAUCUAGAGCUGAGUGAGGAGCAGCGGCUGCAGAUUUCUAAGGAGCUCGUCGACCUGCAGAUCACAACCCACCGCCUGCGGGAGCAGCAUGAGGCUGAAAUCUUCGAGCUGAAGAGUGAGGUCCUGCGGCUGGAGAGCCGAGUGCUAGAGCUGGAGCUGCAUGGAGAGCGUGCAGCCCUGGCAGAGGCUGACCCAGGGCACCGCCAGGCACUGGCACAGGAGCUCGGGCACAAGGCCCAUGGGCAGGGACCCUCUGACCGCCGCAGACUUCAGGUGCAGCCCCAGGACUUCCUGACCCCUGGGAACGAGCAGCAGAAGCUGAGGAACAGCAUGAGUGGAGAAGUGAAGCAGGCACUGGAGCAGCACAGAGCACGGGAGCAAGCACUGGAGACGCCAGUGGCAGCCCUGUGCCGGCAGCUGCAGGGAGCCCGAGAGGAGGCCAGGACAGCUAGGCAGCGCCUGGCUGCACAAGCUGCGGUGUUGUCCGCCUGCCACGGCCAGCUCCGCCAGGCAGAGGCCGAGAACGCCCGGCUGCAGCUGCAGCUCAAGAAGCUAAACGAGGAGUACGCCAUCCGGCUGCAGCGCUGCGCCCGCGCCGUGGCCGAGUAUGUGCAUGGUGCGUGUCAGGCGCCUACAGCCGCAGCCCUUCGAACAUUCCUGGAGACCACCCUGGAGGACAUCCGGGCGGCACAUCACAGCCGUGAGCAACAGCUGGCCCGGGCUGCUCGCGCCUACCGCAAGCGCCUGGCAGAUCUGAGCCGUAGGCAUGAGGAGCUGCUGGCCGCCCACAGGGGCCUGGAAGCUGCAUCCUGGGCCCAGAUCCGCCAGGAGCUCCAGGAGUUCUCUCGUGGCACCCAGGCAGAGCUGGAACGGGAGCGGGCACAGCUGCUAGUCCGGGCUACGAUGGCUGAGGAGCAACUUUCCGAGCUACAGGAGUACGUGGACCAGCACCUGGGCAGGUACAAGCAGGAGAUCCUGAGGCUGAGGAAGCUGGUGGGUACAGAGGACCCCUGGAAAAUUGGGGGCACACCUCCAGCCAAGCCCCAGCGCCCAAGGACCCGGAGCCACUAGCUGGUCAUUGGAUAAACUCAGAGCAAAACUCUUCCCAGGCAGCAUGGAGUCCUCCCCACUGUCCCCGCUUGAGGGGUCAUUCCACCCAGCCCUCCACCCAACAAGAGUCAGGAAGCAGUCCACUGAGUCUUUAUUGUGUCCAAACAGUCAACCACCCUGAGAAUCAGGGGCCCCGGGGACUGAGGCAGAACCA